ACCGUACAACCACAGAGUUUGAUACAGCCAGCCAGGCCAAGCAAUCAAUCCAGGCAGCACAAGGGAAUUUGUGGAAGCUAUGUUUGGACCAGACUUAAUGGAGUAACAUCUAUAUUAAAAUAGAUAGGAUGGUAUUUGAAAAUGUUCUAUAGAAAGAAAAAGGAAUUAAAUAAAACUUCAGUUUCAAAGAAGAAUCUUGGGGGACACUUUGGGUCACAUAACUCAACACUAUCUGUCCUCCAGGAACAACCCACUAGAGAUGGUGGCUUGGAUGUGCCCCCCCCUUUCCCUGUAUCCCCCCAGGACCCCCAGGCUCCUCCCUGCCCCACUACCACCUGUCUGCUGCACCCCAGGCUGGCCACGGCCACCAGCCCUCCCCCUGUCCUUGGAGCCUGCCUUAGACGGCCCACAGCCCUGAGUCGACAUGCCAGUGUGGCUGGCUUCCCCCUACAGGCGGCUGGAGCCUGGGCCUUCAGUAAGACCCAGGGGAAAGGAGCGAGCCUUGCCUCCAGCCCCACCACAGAGGCCUCGGAGGUGAGCAUCGAAGUGGAGGACAUCCCCUCUUUGCUCCGGGAUGUGGCUUGCUUCGCUGAGGCUGUGGAGAAACUGAAAGAAAUGGUGCUGGGGGAAGACAGGCAGAUAGAUAACCUCUCAGACAGGCAGGUGGACCGUCGUGACCUGGCCCAGGAGUGUUUGGGAGAGGUGUUGCGUGUGUUGAGGCAGGUGAUCGGUGCCUACCCCCUCCUCAACACUGUAGAGACCCUCACUGCUGCUGGAACACUCAUCUCCAAGGUCAAAGGGUUUAGUUACAAGGACAACAGUGACAUGGGUAAGCAGGACUUUGAGAAAGCCAUCGAGACCAUGGCUGUGGCUUUCAGUAGCAGUGUGUCAGAACUUCUGAUGGGAGAAGUGGACAGCAGCACCCUCCUUUCUCUACCGCUAACAGAGAGGAGCAGGUCUAUGGAGAACCUGUAUGGCUUAGACUCGGCCCAGGCCAAAGACUGUCAAGGGAGGAGUGACCAGCAGGACUGCUGCAUGCUGAGUGGAGAGCAGGUUGACCUCCUACUGCAGUGCAGUGAGGGAGGAGUGGACUCCGCUCUCUCCUAUGCCAAGGCUGUGUCCAGAUAUCUGAAGGACAUUAUCAGCUAUGUGGAGAAAAGGACUGCUCUGGAGAUGGAGUUUGCCAAGGGUCUGCAGAGGCUGUGUCAGUCCUGUAAGCAGAGCAUUGCACAGCCCCAGAUGCCAUUCUUCUCAAUCUACUCUCUGGCUCUGGAGCAGGACUUGGAGCAGAGUGUGGGUGUGCAGCAAACCACUGGCUCCAUACACACUGUUCUACAGCCUCUGAUGCAGUGUAAACAGGAGCAUGAGAGGAGACGCAGAGAGCUCGGAGAGCAGUGGCAGAGGGCCCAGAGGAAACUGACUGAUGCUGAGAGUGGCAUGCGUAAAACUCGAGGCUCAUACAUGAUUCGCUGUGAGGAGUAUGACAAGGCCAGGGGUCGGGCAGAGGAGGAGCAACAAGGGGGAGCAGGCGGGCUUAAAGCUCUGGACCGGAAGAAGCGAUUGGAGGAGGAGGCCAGGACCAAGGCUGAAGAGGCAGAGGCUGUGUAUCGUGCAUGUAUAUCCGAGGCGGAGGCGCGGCACCAGGAGAGAGAGCAGACUAAGGGCAGCACUCUCAGACAGAUCCAUGAUGUCAUCAGACACACAGACCACACCCUCAGAUCUUGCACGGUGUCGUACUAUCAACUGCUGCACAUGCAGACAGCAGUGCUGCCAGUCCACUACCAGACUCUGUGUGAGAGCACCAAGCUCUACGAGCCGGGACAACAGUACGCCGCUCACGCAAGACAUCUACACAAGAGCCCAGAGGACGCCAGACAUCUCUACACGAGCCCAGAGGACGCCAGACAUUCCUACACGAGCACAGAGGAUGCCAGACAUCUCUACACGAGCACAGAGGAUGCCAGACAUCUCUACACGAGCACAGAGGAUGCCAGACAUCUCUACAUGAGCACAGAGGAUGCCAGACAUCUGUCGAACCCAGAGCCUGCAGCUCACUACCACUUCGAGCCCUACUCAUCAAACCAUCUGUCUGGACACACCCGCCACAACAGCUCUAACACGGAUGUACCAAUCAGCACGGAGACCACACCUCCCACGGAUUCACCACUCAGCACGGAGACCACACCUCCCACGGAUUCACCACUCAGCACGGAGACCACACCUCCCACGGAUUCACCAAUCAGCAUGGAGACCACGCCUACCACAGACGAGGAUGGUGGUGCUGAGGAUGGAGUCACACAGAGAUGUGGGCAUGUACCUAAAGCCAGUGAAGAAGAACACGAUGGAAACAUCACCUCAUUUGAACAGGGGACAGAGCCAGAGAUCGCCGUUCCCACUGGUCCCUUCCGGAAUGUGGGAAUGUCCAAGGCAGCAAAGACCCACAGACUCCGCAAGCUCCGCACACCUGCCAAAUGCAGAGAGUGUAACAGCUAUGUGUACUUCCAGGGUGCAGAGUGUGAUGAGUGUUAUCUGGCAUGCCAUAGGCGUUGCUUGGAGAACCUGGCUAUCCAGUGUGGCCAUAAGAAGCUACAAGGUCGCCUGUCGCUGUUUGGUAGGGACUUCACGCAGGGGCUGGGAGACCCCGAUGGUGUGCCUCUGGUCAUCAGAAAGUGCAUCACAGAGAUAGAGAGCAGGGCUCUUAGGAUGAAGGGUAUCUAUCGUGUGAAUGGGGUGAAGACUCGUGUGGAGAAGCUGUGCCAGGCCUUUGAGAAUGGGAAAGAGCUGGUGGAACUGUCCCAAGCCUUUCCUCAUGAUAUCAGCAACAUGCUCAAACUUUACCUCAGACAGCUGCCAGAGCCUAUCUUGCCUUUCCAUCUAUAUCAGUCUCUGAUGGGGCUGGCCAAGGAGAGCCUGCGUUCUGUGUCUCCUAGCCCAGAUGGAGGUGAGGUGGCUAGGGCAGCAGUGCUGGCAGACCUGGGUGCUGAGACUCCCCUGGAGGUCCUGACUCUGGUCCACAGCCUGAGGGAGCUAAUGCUAACGGAGCUGCCGCAGGCUAAUACAGCCACACUGCGCUAUAUUGCACAGCAUCUGCGCAGGGUGUGUGAGUGUGAGCAGGAGAACAAGAUGAGUCCCAGUAACCUGGGCAUUGUGUUUGGCCCCACCCUGAUGCGUCCCCGUCCCUCCGGGGCCACCGUGGCCCUGUCCUCCCUGGUAGACUACCCCCACCAGGCCCGCAUCGUAGAGACUCUCAUAGUCUUCUACAGCACCCUCUUCCAUGACAGCUCCUACGGCACCCCAGUUUCCCCCUUAGCCCUAAGCCAGGACGGUGGAGGGGAGGAGGGGAGAGACUGUGGGGGUGGGGGAGGAGUCCAGGGGAGAGACGAGGGCAACAAGACAGACUUAAAACACGACGGGGGUGAGACGCCAGAUAACCACACUGAGAGACCAGUGGAAUCAGACCGAGGAGGAACCCUCAGCCGCAGCACCCACUGACCCUCUCUGGACCUGAACUCUUCAAAAAAUAACUUCUGGGAAAAAUGGAAAUGGAAUUGUUUUUCAAAUGAAAAAGUACUUUAGUGAAUUCUACAAAUUGGAAUUCAUUUGGGAAAUUGCAGUUGAAAUGAAAGUGGUGCCAACUUACUGUUUUAAUGCGUUGACUACUGAUGAAAAACUUAGUACACUGACUGGAUAGCAGAAUACCAUAUUGCUGUUGUGUGAACGUGUUAAUUUCAUUGCAUGUGGGACAUUUUUUCGAAUGUGAAAAGACCUUGCCUUGCUCUUCAACAUUAAAAACAGUUGAAUUUA